AUGUAUACAUCGCGGUUGAUUGUUAUUCCUAACUAUGGUAAUCUCCGUCGAUCAAAUUCAUCAUCCAAUUCAUCGUAUACGUUUCAACACGAGAAAUUCCGUUCGACGCUGAUUGUUUUACCGGAGUCCAAUCGCAAGCGAUUUAUCGAAGGUAUUCAAGUCCGUUGUGGUAGUUUCCUUCAUGAUCAAUCAUAUCUGAGCAUCAAUCGUUUGAAAUCUCUCUCACCAAUUGGCACGCCGAGUGAUGUUCUCAGUGUCGAUGAAUCGAUUUGUGAAUUAUAUCCCAUUGUUGAAACUCCAACUAUUGGCGAAUCAUAUUUUGAUGUUCGACAUCGUCUUAUGGCAAAAUCAAAUCUCUUCAAUCAUACGAUCAAAACCGACACUGAUGUUGAUGAAACUGACAGUUGUUGGUAUUCAUCAUCAAUCGCACAUUCUUCUCAAUGUGGCAACAAUUUGAAAAAGAAAUACAAUCGAUAG